AUGCUGAAGUAUUUCUUGUAUGUCCUCGUUGCCUGGGUUCUUUUGGAGUCCCACGCUCAAGAACAGCCAUUUUCGCAACACCAAAAUCCAGUGGCCCAGCCGCAACCAUCGCUGGCGGAUCAGAUUGCUGCGCACCAGCAUCAGUGGUUCAAAUACAACUCUUACCAGGAAACCGAAACCCAGGGAAAAAUUGACAAGUUGGAGAGUCACGUGGAGAGCCUAUUGCAGGCGUUACAAAUCAAGAUGGGCAUCGAGCUGCAGGAGCUACGGAGUCUUAUAGAAAACGCGACAGAUGAGCAUACUUAA